AAGAGUUUGGACGAGAGCGGGGGCGGAGGCGGGAUUGUGAAGUGGAGUUUGGGCGUAGGUUUGGGUUUUUGAAGGGUUGUUAGAACGAGCGAAAUCGCGCGGUCGCGCGCGGGCGCGAGAGAGGGAGCGAGAGAGAAGAGGUGGUGGAGAUGCAUCCUUGGAGUGUUGUCUGUGAUGAACGGUAAUGAGCUGCUUGUGCGCUUGUGGUUUGAGAUUUUGUUGGCGGAGAAAUAUGGAUGGGAAUCCAGGGCAGGAAGGAGGAAUCGUCUCACAGAAGCCACGAUUAUGGCUGAAGCAGAUGAGCGACGUGAGAGGUAGAGUCGAUGCAUGAAAGUGGACUGUGAGCGUGCUGCAGGUGUUUGUUGUUGGAGUCGGUGUUGAGGAUCGAUCGGUUGGAGGAGGGGGUUAGGGGACGCGCGGAAAUGGAAAUGUCGCAGUUAUUGAAUGCGUGGGAAGUAGCGGACUCAGCUAUGAUCGAGGCGUUCAUGGGAACGGGGUAUAACUGCGUGGAAGGCUUCGAAGUGCAGGAUGAUCCGGACGGGCAGCUCCACUUGAACGAGUCGGUGUUGCUGCGGAGGCUGCACUCGCUGGUCGAAGAGAGUACCGUGGAUUGGACGUAUGCAAUCUUUUGGCAGCUGUCAGCCUUACGUGAAGGGGAGAUGAUGCUCGGUUGGGGUGAUGGGUACUUCAGGAGUGCUAAGGAGAAUGAAAUCAACGACGCGAGGAACAUGAAGGGUGGUUCUCAAGAGGAGGAUCAACAGAUGAGGCGAAAGGUGUUGCGAGAGCUGCAGGCUCUAGUCAAUGGCUCUGAAGAUGAUGUUAGCGACUAUGUCACGGAUACGGAAUGGUUUUACCUUGUUUCGAUGUCUCAUUCUUAUGCAGCCGGAGUGGGGACUCCUGGACGAGCAUUAGCAUCUGACAGACCUGUGUGGCUAAUUGGAGCGAACAAAGCUCCUGAUAAUAACUGCAGUCGUGUUCAAUUGGCUAAGAUGGCUGGAAUUCAGACAAUCCUUUGUAUUCCGUCGAAAUCUGGUGUCGUUGAGCUUGGAUCGACAGAUCUGAUCAGAGAAAGCUGGGAAGUUGUUCAGAAUGUCAAGAUGGUUUUUGAUGAACCAAUGAUGUGGGCAGCCCAUGAAAUCCAAGCGGUGGCGCAUUCCUUGCCUUUGAGUAGCGACGCGACUAGUAUGCGACCGUCAAGCCCAAGUCUUAUGUCAAUAGCAACAAUAAGUGCUUCAAUUUCAAAUGCAAGUCAGAUUGGCAGAUGUUCAAAUCCAAGUCAAGAUCAUGAAGCACAUUUUGUUGGAAGGAAGAAUCCACCCUCGUCAAGACCCCCGAUGAGGUUCUACAAACCACGGGUGGAAGAAUUGAGCUCGGACACUCCAGAAACAAACUUGGUUGAUAAUAAAUAUAUUGUAGGGAAGUCAGUAUCUUUCCACCACCUUUCUAAGAUAGGUCAGAGAGGAAUGCCUGGACCUCCUACCACUGCAAAUAGGUUACCAUGUUUCGCUCCGUCCGAGGUAGAUUGUCAUGAAUCAGAAGCCGACGUUUCCGUCAAAGAAAAUGUUGUGGAAUCAAGUACAAAUCUCGAGCCUAAACCACGCAAAAGAGGGCGCAAGCCGGCAAACGAUAGGGAAGAGCCACUAAAUCAUGUGCAAGCUGAACGGCAGCGGCGAGAAAAACUCAAUCAGAAAUUUUAUGCUCUACGGUCUGUAGUGCCAAACGUGUCCAAGAUGGAUAAGGCAUCCUUAUUAGAAGAUGCCAUUACCUACAUUAAUGAGCUUCAAGAAAAGCUACAAAAAGCAGAGGCUGAAUUGAAGGUUUUCCAAAGGCAAGUGCUUGCAUCAACUGGCGAAUCUAAAAAACCUAAUCCAUCUCGCAGGGAUUCGACCGAAAGUUCUGAUGAAGAACGUUUCAGACUUCAAGAGAGUGGUCAGAGAUCGGCACCUCUUGUUCACACUUCUGAAAAUAAACCUGUAAUUAGUGUUUUUGUUCUUGGAGAAGAAGCUAUGAUUCGAGUUUAUUGCACAAGACACUCUAACUUUAUAGUUCAUAUGAUGUCGGCAUUGGAAAAGCUACGCUUAGAGGUUAUACAUUCAAACACUUCAUCCAUGAAGGAUAUGCUUCUUCACGUCGUGAUUGUCAAGAUUGAUUCGACUCAGACCUAUACUCAAGAGCAGUUAGGUAAGAUACUAGAAAGAUCUUACGUACCGGAUCACUCUGCAACAUAAGAAGAAGAUUCGUAAGUAUUUGGUGAACUUGCUGCUUUCAAGCGAUAUCAACCUCGUGUUCCCUGCAUAUGCCGAACAACGUGGGCAAAACUGAUUAUAAGGUUUUUUGAUUUCCAUUUUGAUUACAGCCUUAAUAUUGGUCCACUGAGCUGGGUAGUGAGAUUCUGAGACAAUUCUUAUUGACGUGAUUUCGCAUUGUCCCAUAGCAAUCGAAGGGUAUGGACUUCAUGGACUGAUUCAUUCAGUGAAGUCUUCAUGCGUAUCAUGGUUACAACUAAACGUUAGCUGUUAAAAAUCAGAAGGGUCUGGGGGGGGGGGGGGGAUCUGAUUUCCUGCUUGAAAUUCAGGACUGCUUUCUUCUUCCAUAUCUCUAUAAAACCAUGUCCCUAAAGAAAUGGUUUGUCCGCGCUGAAGAAAACAUGAAGCACAUUUACAGCUACUCAAACAAGUCUAGAGCUACUGAUCGAAAACUAUCACCUGUACCUUGUGCAUGUGUGAGUGAGACAAGGAAUUGGUGCUGGUGAUGAGGGAUGACUGAUUUCUUAAAGCAGCGUGGCUUGUAGAUGGCAAAAGAUCUGGUCCGGCGAUAUGUCGCAUCUAUUUGAUAUUAAGAGAGCAAUGCAAGGACUGCACAACAGCGAUACCAAGUGAGUCAAGGAUGUUGUAUAUGUACACAAUACCAAUCCAUGCUAAAGCAACCUGGGGAAUGUUGUUCAAAACAUGACUCAUGUUAACUUUUGAAUGCUAUCAA